AUGGCUCGGUGUCUGGUUUUGUUCAUUGCCCUUUGCAUGGCUAUGGCCUCCGGGGCAUCAAAUACAAUUAGCUCAUCAAAUGAUAAGGCUGCUCUAUUGUCAUUGAAAGCAGCAAUUACAUUCGACCCUUUUGACAUCUUGUCCAACAAUUGGUCUCAUCACACUCCACAUUGUGAUUGGAUUGGUGUUACUUGUAGCGGUAGGCACCAAAGAGUGACCCAAUUGAAUCUCAUCAAUAUGGGUCUCAACGGCACCAUUCCUGAGGAGAUUGGUGGCCUCUCAUUCCUUUCAACUUUCAACAUCAGCACUAAUAGUUUCCAUGGCCAUAUCCCAGAAAGCAUUGGAUUCUUGACCAAACUCCAGAGUUUGGAUCUGUCCUACAACCAUCUCACUGGAAAUAUCCCCGCAACUAUAUACAACAUUUCUUCCUUGCGGUUUGUAGACUUGAGAAAUAAUGUUCUCUCGGGGACGCUCCCAGAGAGCAUUUGUGAUAACUGCAGGCAGCUACAAAGCUUGUUUCUUAGAGCAAAUCGAUUGAGUGGUGAGAUUCCAUCAAGUCUACACAAAUGUACGGAACUAAGAUUUUUAAAUUUAGUAGAGAAUGAAUUUCAUGGAAGCAUACCACCUGAAAUUGGCAACUUUUCCAAGCUUGAGUGGUUACUGCUAUAUGGUAACAAUUUGACAGGAGAUUUGCCUCGGACAAUUUUCAAUAUUUCAUCUUUAGUAGUACUCGACAUUGCGAGGAAUGAAAUCUCUGGAACUCUUCCAAAUGACUUUUGUUAUCAAAUUCCGAAAUUGGAGUAUCUGGAUAUUUCCAAAAACCAAAUUAAUGGAGAAAUGCCUGAAGCUCUAUCCAGUUGCAGGAGACUUCAAGUGCUUUCUAUGUCUAACAAUCAACUCUCCGGAAGAUUCCCUACUCAAAUAUGCAACAUGUCAUCUCUUCAGGAGCUUUAUCUUGUAGGGAUGAACUUGACAGGAAAUUUGCCAAACGAAAUUGGGAAGAUGUCUAUCUUUCGAACUUUAAUAGUUUUGAAAAACAGCUUGACUGGUACGAUACCCCCAUCAGUUGGCAAUAUAUCUACUUUGGAAUAUUUUGUUGUUGCGGACAACAAUUUGCAAGGUAAUGUUCCUCCGGAGCUAGGAAAGCUUUCAAGACUUGAAGGAUUAUCACUUCGCCAUAAUACUUUUAGUGGCAAAAUACCAUUCACCAUUUUCAACAUCUCCACAUUACAAAAGAUUGAGUUGGCAUCAAAUAGCCUUUCUGGCAAUCUUGAACCAGGUCUAAGACAUUGGAUGUCCCCAAGUCUUGUAGUCCUUAUUCUUAACCAAAACCAAUUCACUGGGACCAUUCCUAGCUCUAUAUCAAAUGCCACCCAACUCAUAGACCUUGAGCUCGGGGAAAACAUGUUUAGCGGCCAUGUACCGUUGGUGUUUGAGAAUUUACAACAACUUGAAUACUUUAACAUACAAUACAACCAAAUCACAAAUGAGCCAUCGGCUAAUGAGCUAAGCCUACUCACUUCCCUGUCAAAAUGCAAGAAUUUGAAAAUGGUUGGUUUAAGUGGCAAUCCAUUCAACACAGUUCUACCUAGCUUGAUAGAUAUAGGCGGCAAUAAAUCUGUGUCUUUUGAAUCCUUAGAUGCUAGUGAGUAUCACUUGAAAGGCAGCAUUCCAAGUGGGAUUAGUAGCUUUAUCAACUUAAUUUCUUUGGAUUUGAGCGACAAUAUGCUAUCAGGUUCAUUUCCUGAAACAUUAGGACAAGGUUUGUUGAGGUUACAGGGUUUAUCCCUAGAUAAUAAUAAAAUUGAGGGAUCAAUACCAAACACCUUAUGUUAUUUGAAGGACUUAUCUGAAUUGAAUCUCGGAGACAAUAAGCUCUCAGGGAGCAUACCAAGCUGUUUUGGAAAUAUAUCUUCUUUCAGAAAAAUAUAUUUAGGUUCCAAUUUAUUUACAUCUACUGUACCGCUUGGCUUCUGGAAUAACAAGGAUGUUUUGGAGCUGGACUUGUCCUCCAAUUUACUCAAUGGUACCUUGUCUUCUGAAAUUGGAAAUAUGCACAACAUGGUAUACCUCAAUCUGUCAGGCAACCAAUUUUCUGGAGAAAUUCCCGACACGAUUGGGCAACUUCAGAAUUUGCUUAAUUUAUCUCUAUCAUCAAAUAGGCUUCAUGGUCCUAUUCCUCAGUCAUUUGAUAGUCUGAUAAGCUUGCAAGCAUUAGAUUUAUCUAAUAACAGCCUCUCUGGUGGUAUUCCAAAGUCGAUGGAGAAGCUCAAAGAUCUAGUGUAUCUAAACCUGUCUUUCAAUGAUCUAAGUGGUAAAAUUCCAAAUGGUGGACCUUUUGCAAAUUUUAGCAUGGAAUCAUUCAUGGGUAACGAGGAACUAUGUGGAGCAUCUCGAUUCCAUGUCAUGGAAUGCAAAGAAGGUAAAGGAAAACCGAGAAACAUUGCCAUAUUUUUUAAGUAUGUUUUGCCAUCUCUUGUAUCAGUGGUUGUUGUUGCUAUUCUACUGGUUUGGUUGCUUACGUUCUGGAAGAGAAAUAAACGAAGGGAACCUCGAGCUGAAGAUUCACUUGAUGUUGCACUCAAGAGGAUUUCAUACUAUGAAAUUAUUCGUGCUACGGAAGACUUUGAUGAGAGCAACUUGAUAGGCAGGGGGAGUUUUAGCUCAGUGUUCAAGGGAAAUUUUGCUGCUGGGCUGGUUGCUGCUAUAAAGGUCUUCAAUUUGGGCGUGCAAGAUUCAAUCAGAAGCUUUGAAGUAGAGUGUCAAGUGCUACGGAAUAUUCGACACAGAAAUCUUGUCAAAGUAAUAACCAGUUGCUCCAACCUCGACUUCAAAGCUCUGAUUUUAGAGUAUAUGCCCAAUGGGAGCCUAGACAAAUGGCUCUAUUCGCAUAAUUAUUUCCUAGACAUCUAUCAGAGGCUAGGAAUAAUGAUGGAUGUUGCGAAUGCCCUCGAAUACUUGCAUCAUGGCCAUUCUUUUCCAGUGGUUCAUUGUGAUUUGAAGCCUGGAAACAUUCUUUUAGAUCAAAGCAUGGUUGCACAUGUUGGUGACUUUGGUAUAUCUAAGCUACUAGACAAAGAUAUGGCCACUAAACAGACAAAAACCAUGGGCACAGUUGGAUACAUGGCUCCAGAGUAUGGUUCUACAGGAAUAGUAUCUACCAUGGGAGAUGUGUACAGUUAUGGUAUUAUACUAAUGGAAGUGUUGACGAGAAAGAAGCCCACAGAUGAGAUGUUCCAAGGAGACUUCACCAUGAGGAGAUGGGUGUCUGAUUCAUUACCUGAUACAAUAAUGCAAAUUGUUGAUCCCAACUUAUUAACAACAGAAGAAAGUGGGGAAGAAAUAGGGCAGUGUUUCCUAAUGGUCAUGGGAUUAGCUCUGGAAUGCACGGCUGAUUUCCCAGAGGAGAGGAUCACCAUGAAAGAUACCAUAGGUGGGGCAGAUGAGGCUGCUCCAGUGGCAUUCAAAGCCACCAUAACAUUGGACCCCUUUGACAUCUUGUCCCGCAACUGGUCUCAUCAAACUCCAUAUUGUGACUGUAUUGGUGUUAUCUGCAAUGCCAAGCACCAAAGAGUGACCCAAUUGAAUCUCUUCAAUAUCGGUCUAGACGGCACCAUCCCUAAGCAGAUUGCUGACCUCUCAUUCCUUGCAACUUUCAACAUUAGCUCUAAUAAUUUCCAUGGCCAUAUAGAAUUGGAUUCUUGGCCAAACUCCAGACUUUAG